AUGUCUUUGAAUGCCAUUGAAAGGUUGCCAGUUAUGGCCAUCCAGCUUACGAAAUUCAAAUGUGGAGGUUUCGGCAUUAGCGCGAAGAUUUCGCACCCCCUUGCGGACGCUGUCGCUUUGAUGAACUUCAUGCACGCAUGGGCGGGGCGAUCAAGAAUCAUUUUGCGUAGCGACUCCAAGUUGGGCAACCUCGAACUCCUCAAGCCGAUUUUCAACCCGGCCCAGCUGGACCAUGUUGCCGGGCUGCAUCCCGGAAGUCUUCCUGACUCGGAACUGGUUGCAAAAGCUCGAUCACUACCCAUGCACCGUUUCGACUGGUGGGCGGAAGAUGCACCGGGAUAUCCUGCAGCUGUGAAGCCCAAUUCGCUGGCGACCAUGCCAGCACCAGACGAGCUGGACGUGACAAAACUUAGCCCGUCUACGUUCCCACCCUGGCCCACGUGGGAUAUGGGCGCUUCAGUUGACCACGUGCAGAUUUACUUCACGGCUGACGAGUUGACACGCAUGAAGAAGGCCGCUGAGGCAAGUCUACCUGACAAUCUUAAAUUUCUCCGCGUCUCCAGAAUUGAUGCUACAUUGGCGCAUGUCUGGACUCUGAUGAACCGCGCUCGUGGCCAUCAGGGAAAAACAGAGAGCGUAUAUAUGGACAUCACUCUGGGCCUCCGAAACCGCAUUAUUCCGUCUCUUCCCGACACUUUUAUUGGAUCUCCGCUCCUCAUAGGAUAUGUUGAGAAGACCGCCGAUGAUGCGACCUCGCAGGAACUAGGUCCUAUCGCAGGUGCCAUCAGACAGAUGAUGUUGCAGUUUACGCCCGAUGCCGUGGCUGCUUACGUCCAUGAUGCUGCACACGAGGUCAGUCCUCAGCGUCUAUGGCAAGGCUUUCUGGGAACUCAUCACACUCUUGUUACUUCUUGGGUUAGAGCCAAGACUUAUGAGCUUGAUUUCUUGGGAUCACAAGAUCUGGCUAGAUAUGUCCAGGGUGUAAUGCCGAGGAUCGAUGGCCUGGUUCAAUUCAUGGACUUUGCAGACACGGAUGGCUUCGAUGUCAGUGUUUGUAUGGAGCGUGGUGCCAUGAAUCGACUUUUGAAGGACCCUUUACUUCGCCAAUACGAGAACUAA